AUGCAGUCAGUUUAUAAAUUGGUAUCAACUGUCAAUCAAUUUUACAGAGAAAUAAAUCCCGCGACGCUUUCGGGAGCAAUUGAUGUUAUCGUUGUUCAGCAGCCUAAUGGUGAUCUCGCAUGCUCGCCGUUUCAUGUUAGAUUUGGAAAACUUUCAGUUUUGAGGCCACAAGAAAAAAAGGUUGAAAUGACAGUUAAUGGCAAAGUCGUUGAUUUUCCAAUGAAGAUAGGAGAGGCGGGUGAAGCAUUUUUUGUUUUCAAGACUGAUAAGAUGGUUCCACAAGAACUUCAAACAUCUCCGCUUGCAGGACCUACAGAACCUUCUUUAAAUGAUGAGCCUGAUUUUCUUGAUCUAAGCGCCUCAAGUGCACAAGAUUCCCCAGUUUCGAAAGAUAGCACUCCAAUUUAUGAUUUUGGGCGUAAUAAUAUUCUUGGCACUGACUUUGGUGCGGAAGAAGGUGCGUCAGAUCCGGAAAACACUGCUGAUUUGGAAUCAGCAAUUUCAGAUGCUGUAGUUCCUGUCGGUUUCACAUCAGACGACGAGACAAACGCGAGAAAAGGAAUCGUACAAAUUGAAGGGGUUCACGAAGUCGAAAGAAAAAUUGAUGUAAAUGGACAGACGAAUUCCAAUACUGUGGAAGUUAAUUUACAACAGCAGGACUCAAAAUCAGAAUGUGAUCACGGAUCGAAUAUAGUAUUAACUGAAAAGAGCGAAAUUAAUGAAAAGCUUGACUACAUAUCUUGUAAAAUACAAAACGAAGGUGUUGAAUAUGAUAAUAUCCAAACAAAUGAUAUAUCACAUAAUGACUCGUUCCCAGUAAUCGAAGCUUUUUCUGACUUGCAUCUUGAAUCUAAAAUUGAAAUAACCAAACAAUCAUCUAUCGAUGAUUAUAAAAUACUUGAAGGCGAGAAAUCAAAUAAUGAAAGGUCUUUAUCGAUGCCGUUGGUUCAUUCAAAUUGGGGAAAAUCUGAUGGUCCCUUUUCUGACACAGAGCUGGAUGAAACACGAAAACCCGAAAAACCGUCCGAGAGACGCAUACACAGAGCUAGUCCCUUAAGUGAUACAGAAUUAGAGUACGAACCUGUGAAGCAUCCAAAAAAUACUGCAGAAUGGUCGUGGGGUUGGGGUACGCUACCCGUUAGAACAUCUGAUGAAAUGGAACAUUGGCAAGAAAGUCCUGAUAACAAAGAAUGGAAAGAACAUGAAAAACAAAUUGAGAAUACAUCUGGAGUUCAGAUUGAGAGUACAUCUGAAGUUCAGAUUGAGAAUACAUCUGAAGUUCAGAUUGAGAAUACAUCUGGAGUUCAGAUUGAGAAUGUAUCUGGAGUUCAGAUUGAGGAUAAAACUUGUUUUGAAAUGUCACUUUGUGGUAGUGAUACUUUUGGAAGGGAUCAGAAAACGGAUGCUGAGUUGUUUCACAAGCACUUAAUUACUUUUGAGCAAUUUACAGAAAACCCGCAACUUUUGAAUGAUAAAGCGCUGGUUUUUAAGUAUGAAAAUCGAUACCAUACGUGGGCCACAGCUGCACCACUGAUUAUAUCUCUUGUCGUAUUCAAAAAACCACUUCCUGAUUCUACUAUGACAUUUCUAGCUAAUAGUCGGUCUGAAGAGAUAAGGUCGAAUAAAAGAAAAUAUAGCUUACGAGGAUUGAGUCGAUGGUGGCGUUCUUCGAGCUCGCAAUCUGUAGAUCCUGUAGAUCCUAUAGAAGAGAGUAAUGAAGAAAAAGCACAUAAUAUUACAAAAAGUGAGAAUACUAGUAAACCUCAAGAAAAACAAUUUUACGCCAAAACGCUACGUCUAACAUCAGACCAGCUGAAAAGCCUUAACCUAAAAAAGGGUGCCAAUACGAUGACAUUUUCUGUUGAUACCUUUUAUCAAGGCAAGGCUACAUGCGUAGCGAAAUUAUUCUUUUGGGACAAUGAUACACAUAUUGUUGUUUCUGAUAUAGAUGGAACUAUUACAAAGUCGGAUGCUCUCGGUCACGUAUUUACAAUGAUCGGUAAAGAUUGGACGCAUUAUGGUGUUGCAAAAUUGUAUUCAGAUAUCCAUAAAAAUGGAUAUCAAAUUUUAUAUUUAACGAGUAGGGCUAUUGGCCAAGCUGAUUAUACUAGAGAUUAUUUAGAAAAAGUAAAACAAGAUAAAUAUCAAUUACCAGACGGGCCAGUAAUUAUGUCACCUGAUCGUUUAUUAACAGCUUUUCACAGAGAAGUAAUAAUGCGUAAACCAGAGGCCUUUAAAAUAGCGUGUUUACGUGAUGUGAAAAAGCUAUUUGGAGAUAGAAAUCCUUUCUUUGCUGGGUUCGGCAAUAGAAUAACUGAUGCUUUAUCUUAUCGAAGUGUAAAUAUUCCAUCCUCGAGAAUAUUCACGAUAGAUACAAACGGAGAAGUAAAGUUAGAUUUAUUGUCAGGAUAUAAAUCAUCUUACGUUGAUUUGAGUGAUUUGGUUGACCAAAUGUUCCCUUAUAUUGGUAGCAAAUGGGAUACAAUUUACAAUGACUGGAAUUAUUGGAAACAAAAUUUGUUGAAAAUUGAACUGCCUCCAGAAAUAUAUGAAAUGUCGACAUUAUCACCACAGAAAAGUUUACCUAGUUCUCCGAGGCUAGGUAGUAAUGAUCUACGACUGUCGAACAAACCAGCACACUUACAUUCUGCUCCUGGAAUGCUUGAAACUUCUGUCUCAACAUCUUCCACAAAAUUACCUGAUAGUGAUUUGUAUGAAAAUCAAUAUGAAGAGGAUGACAGUGAUUUUGAAGGAGAUAUACCCGCAGAUAUUGAUUUAAGGGACUAUCCAUACUGA